GGUCGGCGCGAUCUCGUGUCAGUGUUGCGUCAGCCGGCGAGGUGGAAGGUGUAUUUAUUUGUUCGCGCGAUUAUGCGAAGAACUGUCAGUCGACGUCGAACGGUGGUGUAGGAUACUUGAAGGAGCGUAUGCCAUUACGUCAUACUUUAUUGUACAAUAAAUUCGCGGGAAUUCCAUCGGAGUUUCACCACCAGGAACAAGAGAAAGAGAGAAGGAUUCGCGUCGUCGCAUGGCGGAUUAUGAGUUCCCCGAAGAGUGUCAUCAUCGCCUUGCCUAAGGGCGGUAGUUCGAAGACGAUUCAAGUGAACGAGCUGACGCGCAGCGGAUUGUCCAGGCUGAACUUCAGCGCGUCGAUUCUGACAGAUAACAAAGCGAGGAUGGACGCGAGGAAGGUUCUUCAGGUGUCUUCUAAACAGGAAGAGAUGCGCACGGACGAUGACUUCGCAACUUUCAUUACAAACACAGACGGAUGCACGCGCAGCAAAAAGCGUCGAUUGGAUCAUUUAACGUGGGAGGAGAAGAUGCAAAGAAAAAAACUAAAGAACCGCGUAGCGGCUCAGACUUCGCGGGACCGCAAGAAGGCCAAGUUGGAUGAACUCGAGGAGACGGUGAAAACGCUGAAGGAUAGGAAUGAACAGCUCGAGCAGGAAUGCAGGGUGUUGAGAUCGCAGAACGAGUCGUUGAUGAGCGAGUCCAGGAGGCUCAGGAGAGAAAGGGACAUGAGGGACACAAGCGGAGAUCAGCAACAACAGUAUUGCUCCGAGUGUCAGGCACGUGUCGGCUGCGCUGGACCUUUGCCGGGAUCAGCAGUAUCGCCUAAUUACCCUCUGCCGCAGGGUGGACCAGCACAGCCGGCAUCGUGCCCGACGCUAACCCCAAGAGCAACCGUCCUGUUGAAGAUCCUAUGUCUCUACCUUCUCUCGAGGAACUGCUUACAGACGAAAAAUGCGUCGAGCGACUCGAAGAGCUGGUCGCAAGCCUUAUGCAAGAAGCUAACAUCGGAGGGGAAGCAAAACCUCAUAGAACAGAUGAGUAAUAAUUUAAAUGUGAUGCAGAGAUGAAUGAAAUACUCCGAGGUAGAAGAAAUUCCAAGUUUACAAAUUGCACAAGAUCCUCUUAAAAAAUCUGACCGUUCGGAAACAAUGGUGGGGCAGGCAUCAGAAGAUGUGGAAGCCGAUCGAGUCUGCGAAGGCAUAAGCGCCGUCUCCUACCUACCAGAUACGUCUGAUUGGGAAUCCGUGAUCCGUGACGCAGAGAGCACAGCACCGAUCAAGACUGAGGUCGAAAUCAAACAGGAAUCGGAAUCAGCACCAGACAUCGAGCACACCCUCUACGGCACCUACAACGAGACCACCAAUUCCAUCACGAUCAUCUACCCGGGCGAGGAGAGCGAAGGCUGCGUGGGCAUCCAGGAGUGCGUGCAGGAGGUCAUCAGCACAGAGAACGACGUCGCGACACACCUCGUCGUUCCCCCGUUGAACACUCAUCUCGGCUAUCAGGCGCAAUUCUCACCGGCCUACACCGACACGAUGUCACCCGCGAUGAGCGACGUUCACUCGGACGCGGACAGCUGCGGCAUCUCCUCGGCGAAGCUGGACUACGCCGCCAAUCUGUCGGAUGGCGGUUACGAGUCGCACGAUUCCCCGGAUCCACGUCUGUCCAACAACGCUCUGUCCGAUCCCUGGCACGAGAGCUUCACCGAGCUCUUCCCCAUGCUGGCCUGACAGUUCUCGCGGAGGCGGGCUGUCGCGCGCCGCACCGAGGCGGAUCGUUACGUCUGUGAUACGGGGAGAUUUAGAAGCAGGGUAUCGCGAGGUUGACACACUUGCACUUACAGAAGAGAAAGGGGAGAGAGAGAAAGUUUCAUUCUUAGAAAGCAUUAUAAUACGCUGAACAAAUCCAUUUGAAUAAAAACUAAGAAGCUUUGACUUGUUAUUUAUGUCGAUCGAUUUAGUUUCAUAAUAAGCACUUUAAAUAAAAGAGAUGCCGAAGAAGAAACCUUCAUUUUGUAAAUAUUUUGUAAAUAGAAAUUAAUAUAAUAUAUAAUAAAUUUCUCUCUUAAUGUCUAUGAGAAAUAAAGAAAUGGCGCACAGUUGUAUUGAUCAGCGUUAAUUAUGAUUAAUAAAAUCUUUUUUACAUUAUGAAAUUCCGCAGACACAAAAUCAGUCUGUUCAAACAUUUGUUUUCUCUCUCUUUUCAUGAUUCUUGGCAACAAUCUCUUACAUAAUUCAAAAUGAUAGCACACAUAAUUGAUGUACAAUUAUUGUAACGAAUUGAGUGUGUUGUAUAACGCAAAAUUAAUUCUUACCACUUGAUAAUCGUAAAAGACCGUAUAUAUAUAUAUAUACACACAUAUAUAUCUUUUUCUGUAUAUAUUUACGAAAAUAGAUUUUUCUUAAUUUAUUCGAUGUUGUGCAGUGUGUAAACCUAUAUUUACAGGCUAUUUAGCAUUCGAUAUAUUUCAGCAGAAAAUUUUUUACACACACAAAUGUUUGAGACAUUAUUAUCAAUGUAUAUAUGUUCGAUUUCUGUUGUGUAACAGGAAAUGAAAUAAACUUCAAGAAAAUAGUCUAUCUCA